UUUUACUUCUUUUUUUAAUCUUCUUUCUACCAGCCAUCCAUAAACACCAUACUUACCUAUUCAUUUCACAUUUGCUUUCCCUUUACUGUUUCUUCUCUCUCUCUGUCUCCGCUUUCCUUCAUUGCAAACCAAGCUUCCUUUCCAGCUUGUUCUGGUCCUGCUCUCAGACACAACACAACACAAUACCCACCAACCAUUUUUACCGCAUUUACUCUUCCUCUUCUCUAAAAUUACAUCUGGAUUUUGCUGUAGGGUAUGUGUGUUGCUCAUCCUCAGGUAUUCUUUGCACAUUGAGUUGUCGGUUCAAAAUGAGGUGUGAAACCUGUUGCUUCUUUGGGUAGAGGAUUCAGGAGUCUAGCUACCUUGGAUCACCACAAAGGUAAAUGCUUUGUCUUUCUCUACCACUUUUUGGAUAAUAUGCAUUUCACUUUCUCUUUUGUUUGCUUGGAUCAUAAGUGAUGCUUUCCUGGUUUCCUUUUCUUUUCAUUAGAAAUUAUGGCGCUUAUCAACAUUCAUCAGGUUAUUUUACUUUCCCGAUAAACUGUGAAUUCAUUCAUCAUGCCUUUUCUAUUGUGUUGGUUUUGAAACUGCUGAUUAUGUAUGCUGCUUCUUGUAUUAAUUGGAUUCUGUUUUAUUGUAUGCCAUUGCCAUUUGCCAAUAAAGCCUGAUAUGGGAGCCUUUGAUCUUCAAAUUUAGCUUACAGGAAACUUUGUAGUCUGAGAUUAUCUUAAAUCAUGAUUAAGAUGCAAUUAGUGAUUUGUUGAAAUCUGGCUUUGGUUAUUGUUUAUGGCAUUGUUGCAAGAACUGAAAUGUUGGCUGUAAAUUAGAAUGUUCAGAUGUGUGUUUCGAAGUCUUGAGUAAGGGGAGUACUUAACUUGAAUCCUGUACUUGGGUGGAAAUGUCUUGGCUCUACCAGCUGAAGAACUUGUGGGGAUGAUAUUGAUUGACUUGUUGCAACCAAUUAUGUCAUCCAACAGUUCUUUGAAUAUGGAAUUGUCAAAGAAGACAUCAUUUUUGGGUUUGAAACGAUGGGUUUUGAUUGGGAUAGGUGUCGGUGCAUUUAUUGUGCUAAUUCUGUGUAUAUUAUCGAUAUGGGCGAUGUUUCGGAGAAAGUGUAGGAGAUCUCUGGACAAGUAUUCUGUAUCCCAAAUACCAAAUGUCUCAAAAGAUAUAGAUGUUGACAAGGUUGGGGUGCAGAGUUCUCAUGUUCAACCAGAAAAUGUGGUUAUUCCUGUUCAUGACAAGGCAAGUGAUAAGAAUUCAGAUAAUGUAUCAGUUCAUUUAGGGAAGAGCAAAUCUGGUGAUCCUGAUAAUAUCAGUCAGUGCAGCUCAAUUUAUCAUCAUGAGAGAGGAUUUAGUUCAAUGUCGGCCGAAGAAGGAAGCUCUGGGAAUGUUAAGAAGCAAUCUACAUUGUCACAUGGAGGGCUGGCCACUGCCUCUCCUUUAGUUGGCUUACCAGAAUUUUCUCAUCUUGGGUGGGGCCACUGGUUUACACUUAGAGAUCUGGAAAUGGCAACCAAUCGUUUCUCAAGCGAAAACAUCAUUGGUGAAGGUGGAUAUGGCAUUGUUUACAGGGGCAGACUGAUUAAUGGGACUGAGGUGGCAGUGAAGAAGCUUCUUAACAACUUGGGACAAGCUGAGAAAGAAUUCAGGGUUGAAGUGGAGGCUAUCGGCCAUGUUAGACAUAAGCAUCUUGUACGCCUUCUUGGAUAUUGUGUAGAAGGAGUUCAUAGGCUGCUUGUGUAUGAAUAUGUGAACAAUGGUAACUUAGAACAAUGGUUACAUGGAAACAUGCACCAAUAUGGGACGCUUACCUGGGAGGCCCGCAUGAAAGUUAUACUUGGCACUGCCAAAGCGCUUGCUUAUUUACAUGAAGCAAUAGAACCAAAAGUUAUUCACCGGGAUAUAAAGUCUAGCAACAUAUUGAUUGACGAUGAAUUCAAUGCAAAGGUUUCUGAUUUUGGUCUGGCCAAACUUUUGGAUUCAGGCGAAAGUCACAUAACCACUAGAGUAAUGGGAACGUUUGGUUACGUGGCACCAGAAUAUGCUAACAGUGGUUUGUUAAAUGAGAAGAGUGACAUUUACAGCUUUGGUGUCCUCUUACUGGAAGCAGUUACUGGAAGGGAUCCUGUAGACUAUGCGCGCCCUGCUAAUGAGGUUAAUCUAGUUGAAUGGCUCAAAACAAUGGUGGGGACAAGGAGGGCCGAAGAAGUAGUGGACUCAAGCCUUGAAGUUAAACCACCGCUGCGUGCUUUGAAGCGCACUCUUUUGGUUGCACUCAGGUGUAUUGAUCCUGACGCUGACAAGAGGCCUAAAAUGAGUCAAGUUGUGAGGAUGCUUGAAGCUGACGAAUAUCCAUUUCGAGAGGAUAGAAGGAAAAGAAAGAGUGGCACUGCCAGCAUGGAAAUUGAAACCGUGAAGGAUAUUUCUGGUCCAUCUGAUGCUGAAAAGAUGGUAAUUUCUGAAAGCCACGUUGAAGAAGGAUAGAAUUGACAACCCCAUGACUUAGCCUGACAAUUCCCGCUGUACACGUUAUUAUAGUAACUUAUCUAUACCAUAUUCAUAUAUCUCCAACUUUGUGACCUUCAGAAAAUUUUGUUGCAUCUGAGGAUAGAAUCAGAUCAGAGUGAGCCCGUUUGGAUAAUGAUGGUUUUGUUUUGUUCUGUUUUUGUUUUUAAUUGAAUGGUUGCCAUUGAAGAUAUGAUACACUAGCUAGAGCUAGCCUUGCAAAGGGGAUUAGAAUCAGUAUGGGUGCUGUACAGAUGUCUGUGGGGUCUAUCUUACAUGAUUGUUGAUUUUCUUUCUUUACUUCCUUGACUAUUUAUCCUAACAUGCUGCUGGAGAGUGGCGAUAGUAAUUAAAAACGAAUGUUUGGCUAA